GGCUACGAUAAAAUACUCAGAGUCUCUGGGAGACAUUUUAGAGAUUUUUUACACGGGAUUGAUAAUUUACAUGAGACUAUGCGCUUUAGUUACCCCAGGCUACAAAGUCCUUCGUUCUAUGUUGAAAAGGAAGAUUGUUACGGUUGCAUCCUUCACUACAGAUCUCGUCGUAUUGGUUUCACGGGCUACGUGAAGGGACAAAUUAUACAAAGUGCUAAAAAAUAUUAUGGACUUGAUGUUAUCAUAGAAAUCCUACAAAAUCAACAGACUGAUCAGGGAUGUCAUGUUAUAUACCGGCUCAAUUUUGAUAAUUCAGCAUUUAGGAAAAGAUCAGAAGAGAAGAAGUGCUCAAUAAGCUCACCAUACACUACUUUAUCAAGUGAAGUGUUUUUCAGGGUAUUUCCAUUUUGUAUAGUCUUCAACUCAUCUCUGGUUAUCACACAUAUAGGGCCAAACUUAGUUAGGUUAUUCAGCUAUAGUGAGCUGAUAGGGUACAAUAUUUCCACACGCUUUGGCUUAAGAAGACCACGAAUGGACUUCACUUGGGAACAGGUACUACGGUUACAAAGGGUAAUAUUUGAACUUGAAUCUUUAAUACCACUGAAAACUUCAAACCUCGGGAAAAAUGUGUCACCUGACAGCCAGUCGACCAAAAGGAGGGAAUCGUUGUCAUCGAACACUCUUCUACUGAGAGGUCAGAUGAAAUAUAUGGCGGACUGGAACUCAGUGGCUUUCCUUUGUACUCCAUUAUUGGGAGACUUGGAGGAAAUGGAGACCAAAGGUUUGUACAUUAAUGAUCUGAAUAUGCAUGAUGGUAGCAGGGAAAUGGUCUUAGCAGGCUGGCAACAUGCUUCAAGACUUGAGUACUCUAUUGAGAAACAAGUAGAUAAGAGUACCCAGAUCCAAGAUAAUUUGCUCAAACUGGAUGAAUGGCGGAAACGUGGUGAUACCCUGCUCUAUUCAAUGAUACCCAAGAGCAUUGCUAUACGUCUUAAGAAUGGAGAAGACCCCAUCAAUACAUGUGAGGUCUUUGAUGAGGUAACCAUUAUGUUCAGUUUCCUAAUAGGCUUCAAUGAUAUAUGUGAGAAGGUAUCAGCGCUCGACAUCAUCCAAUGCAUUAACUCUAUCAUUACACUAUUUGACAACAUUGUUGAAAAGUUUGAUGUUUUCAAGGUGGAAACACUCGGGGAUGCAUGUUAUAUGGUAGCUGGUGGUGUUCCAGAUCACAACCCACGUCAUGCACCAAAUGUAGCAUCCCUCGCGCUGGAACUAGUGGACCAAGUUAAAACAAUUACCGACCCUUCAGGGAUCAACGAAUCGCUCAAUUUAAAAAUAGGAAUGCACACUGGGCCAGUGGUAGCAGGUAUUGUAGGUAGAUGUACCCCACAAUAUUGUCUAUUUGGGGACACUGUCAACACAUCUUCAAGAAUGCAGUCAUAUAGCCAGGCAGAUAGAAUCCAUGUCAGUGACCCGUGUAAUACAUGCUUGGAUGGUUCAGACUUUGUCACCAUCUUCAGAGGAACAAUUAAUGUGAAGGGUAAAGGUGAGAUGAAGACAUAUUGGCUGGCGGGGAGGAAAUCAGACCCUAAUAUCGCUGAAAAAUGUGCAGCAUUGAAAAGUGAAACAUGGAAACUCACCAAACAACCUUCAGACCUCGGGUCCUUUGACAAUGGCUUUAUGAUGCACCACAAAAAGAGCGAGGCUGAAGUGUUCUUCAAUACUCAAAAUUCAGAGAGAAAGCAUUCUUUUAAUGGUGUUCUGAAUGGUGAUACCAUACAUGAGGAUGUUCCCGAAAACAAGUCCGAUACAGAUGUGCACUUCUCACUUGGUGACCAAGAACUGCGACAAAGUAAAUUAAAAUCAAAUAAAACAAACGCUAAAAAAGACACACAUACCUCAAAGCCAUCUCCAAAGAUCAAUGUAGAUCUUUAUAAAUUACCAAAGAGGAAAUCUGUUGAUUUCACCAUAGAUAUGGACAUCCAGAAACUCAAAGAUGGACUUUUAGAGCUGAAGAUGCCCCAAGUGGGCUGCCCAGAUUGCUGUAAAGUGACUAUCACACAACCGAGUCCACCCGCAGAAAUUGGAGAGAAAAGUAUAUGUGGGUGUAAGCUAGACUAAAAAAAAUAAUACUCAUAAAAACUAGGCUUGGUUAAAUGUUCCGUAUGUCCUGUUGUGUCUAUUUCAAAACAACAAAGACAAAUUUUUUAUGGCACUUGUAGUGUACUCCUGAAUAUAGUCCUAUGGGUACUGCAUCAGUACUUUGCAAAAAUCGUUUCGCAGUUCUUUGACCAAAUAUGGGACAUACUAAGAGAUUUAUUUGUUUUCAAUGGUUUAACAACAACCGAAAUGAUAUACUCUUUGUUGUAAUCAUAUAGAUAUAUCAUUCUCUGAAUCGCAGUGUAGAAAUAUUGUAUAUCAUUCUAUACAUUGCAAUAUGAUAUAAAAUAUCAUUCUUGACAUUGCACUUUAGAAAUAUCAUACUCUACAAUGCAAUAUAAAAUUAUCAUUCCACAUUGCAAUCUAGAAAUAUCAUGUAUAAUUCUUUGCAUUGCAAUUAAUAUAACAUAUUAGUCUCUGUAGUAUAGCAAUAAUAGAAUAUUGUUAGCUACAUUGCAACAUAGAAAUGUGAAUUUCUAAACUGUAUACACAGAGUAAAUGUAAUGUAUUGUAACCUGCCAAAUUAAUGAUAAAAUGAGAAAUAAAUUACGUACUACUGCUGGUAGCCAUUAUUUUCUGUAGGUUGUAAGUCUUAAAUAUACCACCCUCAAAAUCUAUUGCAACACUGGGUCCAAACUGAAUAGCC